CCCUGUCAGGAUUUAGUUGUCCCCAGUAAUUCUAACAAUGAGAAACGCCAAGCACAUCACGACUGCUUGCCUGCGCUGUCGUCGACGCAAGGUGAAAUGCGACGGCCAGCCUACAUGCCUGAACUGCAGCAUCUCCAACCAGGAGUGCCUUUACCUUGUAAACUCGGACAAGCGAAGGACCUCGAACAAGGUCACGACUUCGCUGAGGCAGCGUCUCUCGCAGCUUGAAGACACUCUCCGGGCCCACGACAUCGAACUGCCACCGCCCUCUCCCACGUAUCUGAGCCGGUCCAUCCCUUCUUCGGCCUCGAAUCUUGAGCAGAACAAUAACUUGUCGAGUCAGCGGAGAGGCUCAGUCGUUGGGGAGGUCCCAGCUACAGACCCGCGCCGGUCGUCUAGGGGGAUGUCGCCGACAUUCGAAACAUCACAGCAAUCACCGUCUCGUCGCAGUCCCGAGACGAAGCAACCCGACCCGGCCUCUCAGCAGAUGUUCCUCGCAGACGAUGAGUCAGACAGCGAAUGCGAUGAUGAGCGGCCGCCGACACCCCCCCAUAAUAAUCCCCGGAAUGCCCAGAAUCCCCAGCAACGCGGUCAAGUGCCGCUUCAAAGAGGUCGGCGAGUGAGCCUCGAGACACCCUGCGAUGCACAUCCAGGGGCUGAUGAUGACAUGGCGAGCUCGCUGACGGCCCGGAUGGGCUCUCUCCAGAUCGCCGAGGACGGCCAGUUGCGAUACUACGGGCCGACCUCGAAUUUGCACAUCUCGCGCAAUGGCCUCCAGGGCAUAUCGCGCUCCUCGAUUCGCCAUGUUGCCAGCGAGGGCAAGGCAGUAUUGGGACGAGCUGGUCUGGACCAUCCAGUGCUGCCGUCUGUCGAGAUACAUCUGGCCAAGCUGUACUUUGCCUGGGAGGAUCCGGCCAUUCACGUUGUUGAUGAGGACAUAUACUUUGAGGCUAGGAGGGCGUGGCUGGAUGGAAAUACAACACCCUACUACUCUGAAACUCUGAAUAACGCUAUCUGCGCCAUCGGUGCAUGUCUGGCGUCCGGUGAGUCGCUCGGCGUCCCCGAACCUGCGCCUGAGUUUUUCUCGCUGCGAGGGAAGGCUUUGCUAGAUAUCGAGAUGGACAGCCCAACAGUUGCCACGGUCCAGGCCCUCGUCGUCAUGAGCGCGUUGGAAGCAGCCUUUACCCGUGAUGCUAGAGGAUGGUUAUAUAGUGGAAUGGCCCUCAGGCUCAGCGUCGAUCUUGGUCUACACCUAGAUCUCGCAGACCACUGUCGGAGUGGUAUGCUGAGUCCACGUGACGUUGAGGCGCGACGGACGACAUUCUGGGGCGUCUUCAUCCAUGACAGCAUGUGGAGUGUCUAUGUCGGGCGCCCCUGGGCUGCUGGCGUUCAGUAUAUCUCCACUCCCCGGCCACCGAGAGAUCUUGACAAAGUCAGGAUGCAGACCUGGAAUCGAUAUCCUGCUGCCGACUCUCAAUCUGUUCCAUCCGGGGAGGGAGUCUUCAAUCCACUCGAGAGUUGUACCGACGCCACCAUUUCCUUGUGCGAGUUGAUGCGCAAGGUCAACAGGACCUUGUAUUCCGGUCAGAGGAUGGACAUCAAGGCGUUGGUGACAUUCUUGACCAAGAUGAAGAACGAGUUCAAGGGCUGGUUAGACAACCUUCAUGCCGAGUUGGAAGUAGAUCCUUACAGCACUACAAACACAUACACUCCCGGAGUCCUCCAGUUACACAUGCAGUACAAUGCGGCACUUGUCGCUUUUCUCCGGCCAUAUCUCCCGCGAGACAACCAGCCCUGGCACAAUUCACUCACCUCAGCAGAAGACACUGCAGUCCUGAACACCGUAGAGGCCGAUUGUGUCGCAGCAGCACAUCGCAUGACGGACAUACUUCGCUGCUACCGCAGACAGCACACGCUCCGAUACACAAACAUCCAGAUCGUCCACAUCAUCUUCACCUGCUGCCUCGUCCACAUAUACAACGGAUGCAACCGCGCCAGCCCCCCCCAAGAUGAGUCAUCCCGAACCUCCCUGGACGACCUGCAGUUUUGCUGCCAGGCCCUUGGUGAGAUCGGCCGCUGCUACGGUAAUGCGACGAGGGCGCUAGAGGUCAUAAUCCUGUUCAAGGGCGAGUGGCAGAGACGCGCCGCCCCGCGCCGCUCCGGCGCCCGGGUUGUCCACGGGAAAUCGCCCGCCGAGAGCAAUAAUAGCGGCCUGGCCAGGAUGGGCCACGACGAAAGCCGCCAAACCGGCCGCUUCUCCACGGGAGCAGAAGAAGGGCGGCGGGCGGCCUCAGCUUCGGACCCGGCUGUAUUGAUGAACGCCCCGGAGCUGACCGACUUUCUGUUUCCGCCGCCCUUGACCGACUUCCUAUUCCAAGACGCGAACAACAUGGGCCUUGGACUGGGGCUAGGGCCAACGCCCCCCCAGGUGGGGGGAUAUGGCUGGGAUCCGUGUGACGAGUGGCAGAAUCUCAACUGGACUGGGUCUGGG